CGUAUUCAGUAAAAGAGCCCUAACCUCCAUCACCUGCAGUGUAAAUUUGCUCUUUCAUCCCAAAACAAUUAAAACUCCACCGUGAGAAAAAUAUGAGAUAACAUGUCCAACGGUUUUGUACAUUCAAUCCCAGUCCCUAGAUUAUACAAGACAGCAGCUAAAACUGUUCGUCAAGUGACGGAAGAAGGAGCUAGUCUGAAACAACUGAUUUACGAGAAAAAACACCCGAAUCUGAAAGGAGUCUACGCCCUAGCAACAACAACUCUCCACAAUAGUGGAAAACUCAACGAAAUAAUCCGAAAGACUCAAUUAUUAUUCAAAGAGCCUCGUUUUGAUCCUUGGCUAGCUCGUGUCCUCAUAACAGAAUUGAUAUGGGGAAAGGGAGUGCUAAAAAACGAAUCAAAGCCAAUUCAAACGAUUCUCACAUAUGAAAAUGAAAUUCGUCAGCAUUUGCAAAGCUCUACCCCAGAAUCAGCCUCAGAAGAGCCCAAGAAAAAAGAAAAAUCGAGGUAUAUUCGGAUUAACACUUUGGUAAAGAGCGUUGAGGAUGCAAUAGAGGGUUUCAAGUGGGAUGGCUAUGAGCUUUUACCCAGAUCCAAGACUUAUGAAGAGUUUUUGGAGACUGUGAGAAACCUGGGGAACUGGCCCUAUCCAGUGUUCAUCCAAGAUUUUCAUGUGGAAGAGCUCUUUGCUUUUCCAGCCGGAACUCAUUUCUAUGAUCAUCCUGGGUAUAAGUCUGGAGCAAUUAUUCUGCAGGAUAAAGCCAGCUGUUUACCUGCGUAUUUACUGAAUCCUAAACCAGGUUCUGUUGUGCUCGACAUGUGUGCUGCACCUGGAAUGAAGACAACUCAUUUAGCAGCAAUACUGCAGAACAGAGGAAAAGUAAUUUCGGUGGAGAGAAAUAUGCGAAGAUAUCAAGUUCUAUGCGAAAUGGUUAAUCAUGCGAAUACUGAAUGCGUUCAAACGUUUAAUCGAGAUGCGUUGACGUUAAGUCCUGAAGAGUGUGAGGAUGUGCAGUAUAUUUUAGUCGACCCUAGCUGUUCUGGAUCGGGAAUGGAUCGACCUGAAUUCGAAAACAGUCAAGGAAAAUGUGCUCCAGGUCGACUGAAACGUCUCCAAUCAUUCCAAGUUCUUCUUCUUCGUCACGCGUUGUUGAAUUUUCCAACAGUUAAGAGAGUUGUCUACAGCACUUGUUCGAUGUACCCAGAGGAGAACGAAAUGGUCGUCGAUGAAAUUCUAAGAGAUAUUGGAAAAUCCUAUGAACUAGUUUCCGCUAGAAAAUUAUUGGAAAACCACUGGAUAAACUUCAGUUCCAAAGAUUACGAAUGUGGAGAAAAUUGUUUGUACGCUAGACCAAAUAUCGACCAUAGCAAUGGAUUUUUUGUGGCUGUCUUCGAGAGAAAUCCCGAUGUGCCUCUCCCUGAUUCGCACAAGAAGAGAAAAAUGAUUGAAAAUUCAGUGGAUAAUAGUGUAAAAGGAGCUGAUGAAACUCGGAAAGAUAAAAAAGGGAAGAAGAGAAAAAAUAGAGGAGAUUCAGAAACAAAAAGUGAUUACAUGAAAUCGAAUAUUGAUGAGGACUUGAAGGAGGUGAGAAUAUCAGAUGAAUUGAGUGAGGGAAUAAUAAAGAAACGGAAGAAGACACGUGGAAAGGAUGAAAGAGGAAUCGAAAUUAAUUCCCUCGAUGAAGGAAAUAAUUUAAGUAAUAAUGGAGAAACUGAAAAGAGGAAAAAGAAGAAAAAAAGGAAGCAGGAAAAAGAAUCUGUGGAAUGUGACUUUAAUUCAGAUGCUCCUGAGGAAAUUUAUGAAAUGUCUGAGACGCCCCCGAAAACCAAAAAGAAGAAAAAAAGAAAAUCUGACGUUUCCUCGAGUCAAUGAAUGUAAAGUAGAAUUAUAGUCGUAGAUCUCCGCAAUUUCGUUUUUCUCGCAUCCUUCCGUUUCUCCAUUCUACUGCCUCCUGAUUAUAAGAUGUGAACAAUCCAUUGUUUCGUUCCGUGAGGAAUGGAAUUCCGGGCAAAAUAUAAUCGAAAAAUUAAUAUCUCUCGUAUUCCAAUUUACUACGAAGAAUUUUAGUUUAUAUUCGCGUCCCCUAGAGCCCGAUGUAACUAUAACGAGUGUCUAAUGUACAACAAAUAUUGAAUACCUAAUAAAAUUGUUUAUUCUUUAUGAAUA